GAGUAAGGCGAGAUGCAAGACAGCAUUAUCAAGAUGUCCGUAUGACAUGUUAUGGUAUAUUAGGUAUGCGACUUUAGAUAUAGAUAAUUUCUGUGAAUAAUUAUUUAAGAUUUCUGCAAUCUUCUAUAAUAUCAAUGAUCAAUUUCUAAAAGGUGGCUUUGAAAUCCGCAGAACUAUACAAACUGAGCUCAAGUGACAGUGGUCGAUAGUGUGUGUAACCUGCAAUACCAGGAUACUGCGUGUAAUGCAGGAUAAUGUGUGUAACUCGCGAUACUAGAAUAUUGUGUAUAAUGCAGGAUAAUGUGUGUAAUGUGCAAUACUAGAAUACUGUGUAUAAUGCAGGAUAAUGUGUGUAAUGUGCAAUACUAGAAUACCGUGUACAAUGCAGGAUAAUGUGUGUAAUAUGCGAUACUAGGAUACUGUGUUUAAUACAGGAUAAUGUGUGUAACUCGCGAUACUAGAAUACUGUGUAUAAUGCAGGAUAAUGUGUGUAAUGUGCAAUACUAGAAUACUGUGUACAAUGCAGGAUAAUGUGUGUAAUAUGCGAUACUAGGAUACUGUGUAUAAUGCAGGAUAAUGUGUAUAACAUGUGAAACUAGGGUACUGUGUAUAAUGCAGAUUAUGUGCGUAAUAUGCGAUACUGGGAUACUGUGUAUAAUGCAGGAUAAUGUGUGUAAUGUGCAAUACUAGAAUACUGUGUACAAUGCAGGAUAAUGUGUGUAAUAUGCGAUACUAGGAUACUGUGUAUAAUGCAGGAUAAUGUGUGUAAUGUGCAAUACUAGGAUACUGUGUAAAAUGCAGGAUACUGUGUACAACGUGUGAUACUAGUAUACUGUGUAUAAUGCAGAAUAAUGUGUGUAAUAUGCAAUACUAGGAUACUGUGUAUAAUGCAGGAUAACGUGUGUAACAUGCAAUACUAGUAUACUGUGUAUAAUGCAGGAUACUGUGUCUAAUAUGCAAUACUAGAAUACUGUGUAUAAUGCAGGAUAAUGUGUAUAAUAUGCGAUACUAGGAUACUGUGUAUAAUGCAUGAUACUGUGUGUAACUCGCGAUACUAAGAAACUGUGUAUAAUGCAGGAUAAUGUGUGUAAUGUGUGAUACUAGGAUACAGUGUAUAAUACAGGAUAAUGUGUGUAACUCGCAAUACUAGGAUACUGUGUAUAAUGUAGGAUAAUGUGUGUAAUGUGCGAUACUAGAAUACUGUGUAUAAUGCAGGAUACUGUGUGUUACUCGCGAUACUAGGAUACUGUGUAUAAUGCAGGAUAAUGUGUGUUACUCGCGAUACUAGGAUACUGUGUAUAAUGCAGGAUAAUGUGUGUAAAUUGCAAUACUAGGAUACUGUGUAUAAUGCAGGAUAAUGUGCGUAACGAGCGAUACUAGGAUACUCUAUAUAAUGAAGGAUAAUGUGUGAUACUAGGAUACUGUGUAUAAUGCAGGAUAAUGUGUGUAAUGUGUGAUACUAGGAUACAGUGUAUAAUGCAGGAUAAUGUGCGUAACGCGCGAUACUAGGAUACUGUGUAUAAUGCAGGAUAAUGUGUGUAAUAUGUGAUACUUGGAUACUGUGUAUAAUGCAGGAUACUGUGUGUAAUAUGUGGUACUAGGAUACUGUGUAUAAUGCAGGAUACUGUGUGUAAUGUGCAAAACUAGGAUACUGUGUAUAAUGCACGAUAAUGUGUAAUAUGUGAUACUAGGAUAAUGUGUAUAAUGCAGGAUAAUGUGUGUAACGUGCAAUACUAGGAUACUGUGUAUAAUGCAGGAUAAUGUGUUUAACGUGCGAUACUAAGAUACUGUGUAUAAUGCAGGAUAAUGUGUGUAGUGCAUGAUUCUAGAAUACUGUGUAUAAUGCAGGAUAAUGUGUGUAAUGUGCAAAACUAGGAUACUGUGUAUAAUGCAGGAUAAUGUGUGUAAUGUGCGAUACUAGGAUACUGUGUGUAAUGCAGGAUACUGUGUGUAAUGUGCAAAACUAGGAUACUGUGUAUAAUGCAGGAUAAUGUGUGUUACCCGCGAUACUAGGAUACUGUGUGCAAUGCAGGAUAAUGUGUAUAACGCGCGAAACUAGGAUACUGUGUAUAAUGCAGGAUAAUGUGCGUAACGAGCGAUACUAGGAUACUGUGUAUAAUGCAGGAUAAUGUGCGUAACGAGCGAAACUAGGAUACUGUGUAUAAUGCAGGAUAAUGUGCGUAACGAGCGAUACUAGGAUACUCUAUAUAAUGAAGGAUAAUGUGUGAUACUAGGAUACUGUGUAUAAUACAGCAUACUGUGUAUAAUGCAGGAUAAUGUGCGUAACGAGUGAUACUAGGAUACUCUAUAUAAUGAAGGAUAAUGUGUGAUACUAGGAUACUGUGUAUAAUACAGGAUACUGUGUAUAAUGCAGGAUAAUGUGUGUAAUGUGUGAUACUAGGAUACUGUGUAUAAUACAGGAUACUGUGUAUAAUGCAGGAUAAUGUGUGUAAUGUGUGAUACUAGGAUACUGUGUAUAAUACAGGAUACUGUGUAUAAUGCAGGAUAAUGUGUGUAAUGUGUGAUACUAGGAUACUGUGUAUAAUACAGGAUACUGUGUAUAAUGCAGGAUAAUGUGUGUAAUGUGUGAUACUAGGAUACAGUUUAUAUUGGAGGAUAAUGUGUGUAACGCGCGAUACUAGGAUACUGUGUAUAAUGCAGGAUAAUGUGUGUAAGUAGCAAUACUAGGAUACUGGGUAUAAUGCAGGAUAAUGUGUGUAAGUAGCAAUACUAGGAUACUGGGUAUAAUGCAGGAUACUGUGUUUAAUACGCGAUACUAGGAUACUGUGUAUAAUGCAGGAUAAUGUGUGUAAUGUGUGAUACUAGGAUACUGUGUAUAAUGCAGGAUAAUGUGUGAUACUAGGAUACUGUGUUUAAUACGCAAUACUAGGAUACUGUGUAUAAUGCAGGAUAAUGUGUGUAAUGUGUGAUACUAGGAUACUGUGUAUAAUGCAGGAUACUGUGUGUAAUGUGCAAUACUAGGAUACUGUGUAUAAUGCAGGAUAAUAUGUGUAAUGUGUGAUACUAGGAUACUGUGUAUAAUGCAGGAUAAUAUGUGAUACUAGGAUACUGUGUUUAAUACGCGAUACUAGGAUACUGUGUAUAAUGCAGGAUAAUGUGUGUAAUGUGUGAUACUAGGAUACUGUGUAUAAUGCAGGAUAAUAUGUGAUACUAGGAUACUGUGUUUAAUACGCGAUACUAGGAUACUGUGUAUAAUGCAGGAUAAUAUGUGUAAUGUGUGAUACUAGGAUACUGUGUAUAAUGCAGGAUAAUGUGUGAUACUGGGAUACUGUGUUUAAUACGCGAUACUAGGAUACUGUGUAUAAUGCAGGAUAAUAUGUGUAAUGUGUGAUACUAGGAUACUGUGUAUAAUGCAGGAUAAUGUGUGAUACUAGGAUACUGUGUAUAAUGCAGGAUAAUAUGUGUAAUGUGUGAUACUAGGAUACUGUGUAUAAUGCAGGAUAAUGUGUGAUACUAGGAUACUGUGUAUAAUGCAGGAUAAUAUGUUAAUGUGUGAUACUAGGAUACUGUGUAUAAUGCAGGAUAAUGUGUGAUACUAGGAUACUGUGUAUAAUGCAGGAUAAUGUGUGAUACUAGGAUACUGUGUUUAAUACGCAAUACUAGGAUACUGUGUAUAAUGCAGGAUAAUGUGUGUAAUGUGUGAUACUAGGAUACUGUGUAUAAUGCAGGAUACUGUGUGUAAUGUGCAAUACUAGGAUACUGUGUAUAAUGCAGGAUAAUAUGUGUAAUGUGUGAUACUAGGAUACUGUGUAUAAUGCAGGAUAAUAUGUGAUACUAGGAUACUGUGUAUAAUGCAGGAUAAUAUGUGUAAUGUGUGAUACUAGGAUACUGUGUAUAAUGCAGGAUAAUGUGUGAUACUAGGAUACUGUGUAUAAUGCAGGAUAAUAUGUGUAAUGUGUGAUACUAGGAUACUGUGUAUAAUGCAGGAUAAUGUGUGAUACUAGGAUACUGUGUUUAAUACGCAAUACUAGGAUACUGUGUAUAAUGCAGGAUAAUGUGUGUAAUGUGUGAUACUAGGAUACUGUGUAUAAUGCAGGAUACUGUGUGUAAUGUGCAAUACUAGGAUACUGUGUAUAAUGCAGGAUAAUAUGUGUAAUGUGUGAUACUAGGAUACUGUGUAUAAUGCAGGAUAAUAUGUGAUACUAGGAUACUGUGUUUAAUACGCGAUACUAGGAUACUGUGUAUAAUGCAGGAUAAUGUGUGAUACUAGGAUACUGUGUUUAAUACGCGAUACUAGGAUACUGUGUAUAAUGCAGGAUAAUAUGUGUAAUGUGGGAUACUAGGAUACUGUGUAUAAUGCAGGAUAAUGUGUGAUACUAGGAUACUGUGUUUAAUACGCGAUACUAGGAUACUGUGUAUAAUGCAGGAUAAUGUGUGAUACUAGGAUACUGUGUAUAAUGCAGGAUAAUGUGUAUAAUCUGUGAUACUAGGAUACUGUGUAUAAUGCAGGAUAAUAUGUGUAAUGUGUGAUACUAGGAUACUGUGUAUAAUGCAGGAUAAUGUGUGUAAUGUGUGAUACUAGGAUACUGUGUAUAAUGCAGGAUAAUGUGUAUAAUCUGUGAUACUAGUAUGGAAACUGGAACCUUAGCUGACUUGGAGAAUAUUUACAGUUUGUCUAGUUUGACGUUAAAAUUGAUAUCCACUUGAACUUGCUUUAAAUUCUCAAUUUAGUGAAUAGUCUUGCACGUAUAAUGUAAUAUACUUGGCUCCUUGCUCUCUACAAGAAACAUUUGAUUGGGCAAUGCCCAGCUCUACCAAUAAAGUAAGUGCUGGGCAGACACAUGUCGGUCUUCAUUAGCUGCAGCUAAUUAAAGGUACUGUGUCGCAUAUGUAUGUGACUGUGUGUGUAAUUGUUUAUCUCCAUGUGACUUUAUUUAUAUAUAUAUGUGUGUAUGUGACUGCUUGUGUGACUGUGUGUCUUUUUAAAUAUGUGACUGUUUAUGUGAUUGUCUAUCUAAAUACCGUAUGCAAGUGAUUUUGCAUGUGCAAUUGUUUGUCUAUAUAUGUGCAUAUGACUGUGUGUUUGUUUUUAUAUGUAUGUGACAGCGUUUGUGUAUGAUUGUGUAUCUCUAUAUGUGUGUGAUUGUGUGUCUAUAUACUGUAUGUAUGUGACUGUGUCUGUGAUUGUUUGUCUGUAUAAGUAUGUGUAUAUGUGUGAUUGUUUUUCUAUACAUGUAUGUUACUGUGUGUGAUUAUGUGUCUGUAUACGUAGGUGACUGCGUGUGUGUAGGUGUGUGUUUAUAUAUUUACGUUUCUGUGUGUGUAUGAUUGUGUUACAAUAUAGAAAUUUGGAUAUAGCAAAGUAUUUAAGAAAAAAAGAUAACAAAUAAUAGUGCAACACUGUUGAUAAUAAAGAGGGCUGCCCCCACUAAUUGUGGAACUCACAGACUCCAAAUGUUUAAGGCGCCUUAAAGGACCACUAUACGGACCCAGACCACUUCAGCUUAAUGAAGUGGUCUGGGUGCCAGGUCCAGCUAGGGUUAACCCUUUUUUCUAUAAACAUAGCAGUUUCAGAGAAACUGCCAUGUUUAUGUUAGGGUUAAUCCAGCCUCUAGCGGCUGUCUCUUGACAGCCGCUAGAGGCGCUUGCGUGCUUCUCACUGUGAUUUUCACAGUGAGAAGACGCCAGCGUCCAUAGGAAAGCAUUGAGAAUGCUUUCCUAUGAGACUGGCUGAAUGCGCGCGCGGCUCUUGCCGCGCAUGCGCAUUCAGCCGAAGAGGAGGAGAGGAGGAGGAGAGCUGAUGUAUGAUUUUGUUUCUGUUUAUGUGACUGUACCAAUGGAUAGAUAGAUAGAUAGACAGACAGAUAGAUGCAAUAAUUCUAGAAGCUAAGCUGGUUUUGAAUAGUGACUACAUGGAAUGCAAUGUCUUGGAAUGUACCAAAAAUAAAUCAUGUGUCUAAAUAUGGUCUCUUUACUGAGAAAAUAAUUGAAAAUGUCCAGUAUGUUAGAAAUAUGUUAGGACACAAGUCUAAAUACAAAUAGCUCUCAAUUCAUUACACCUGCUGCAUAAAUCCACACACAUAUACAUAAAUUCAUAUAUUAUACAGAUGUAUAUCACAUCCAUUGUACAGUGCAGCAGAAUCUAUUGCCCUCUUUGUAUAAUAAUAAACACAUCUGAUGAAUUGAUUACAGCUCACACUGUCAUUUCCAUACAUUCUUCCUGUUUCUCCAUGUCUGCUCCCAAAAUAUGUAUUUGUAUCCAUAAAUUCUGUCCAUGGGCUCCAGCAAACUCUAUAAUUGCUCCUGUUACACAAAAGUGCGAGUUAACUUUGGAAAAUCAUCCAUAUACGUAAAAAUAUUAUCUAAACUCUUUCCUUGUUCUGUUUUUUUUUUUUUGUCUUCCACAGGAUCUGUUUCUUUCUUUGAAUGAUCUCAUGUUAUGACUCAAGAUAGCUGCUCCUUCCAGCCAUGAACGUCUUAAUUGUGCUUGAUCUUAUAAUAUCUAAAUACUCUGAGUUACUAGGACAUCACUGAUACUCUUACAUGAACAAGGACAGUGUGUAACAAACUGUGGCUUUGCCAAUACAUAGAUCUUCCUUCAAGACAAAACCAAUGUCAUUAUGAAACACUUGGAGAGAAUUACAAUUCUCUGGACUUGCUUUCAAUUUGGAACUAUUUUUAUCCCAUUCGUAACCAGCUAUGGGUUUAGGAACUGUAUACAAAGCUACGACAAUUAUGACAGUUACAUUUGUGUUUAUCGCCUCCUGCUGGACAUACACACUGCUGUGUCUGAUCUUCCAAACAACACUAAGUAUCUAAAUAUAUCACAUAACAAAAUUAAGACCUUAAAUCAAGGAAGUUUUGCUCAUAUGCCCCUGAUCCAGCAGUUACGUUUGGACUACAAUAAUUUAAAAAUAAUAGACUCUGGUGCAUUUGAUAAUUUGACUUCCUUGGAAAAAUUGGAUCUUUCAUACAACAAAAUAUCUAAUCUACCUCAAGGUGUCUUUAGGGGUCUUGGAAAUCUAACAAAGCUACUUCUUCAUCACAAUUCCAUUGUCUCCAUUCAUGUUGAGGUAUUUAAGCCACUUGAAAAUCUAGUAUUUAUCAACCUGUCCUCUAAUUAUUUUGACAAUUUCAAUGGUAUUGUUGGGUCUAUUCAACCAUUACAGAAACUUGAAACCCUUUUGAUAUGCAGUAACCACCUAACAUCUCUGAAUCACACCUAUAAACUCCCUUUAUCACUGUCUCGACUUUUUAUUUGCAAAAACAACUUGCAAAAUUUAGAUUGCGAAACUGAUUUGUUCCAUAAUGUACGACUCCUGGAUCUCACAUACAACAACAUGACCUCGUCUUCAUUGCAGUCUUUGAACUUAACCAAGAUAACAAAUUUGUACGUUGGAUUCAACAAACAUUUUGACAUAUUUGAAUUUAUGAGAAAUUCUAACGUAUCACGAGGUAGUAUAAGUUAUUCCGCACUUGACCUUUCUAAUUUCAGUUUAUUAUCUAGAAUGUGUACUUCUUUUUUAAAAGGCGUCAAUAUAACUACACUCACUCUAAGUGAAAAUAAAAUUAAGAUUUUGAAAAAAGACACUCUUAAAAGCUGUACUGUCAAAACCAGUUUGGAUUUAUCUAGAAAUAGGUUGAAAAGUGUUAACUGUUUAGAUUUUAUGGAUAUUUCUGAAUUUAAGACUUUGAUUAUAGAGCACAAUCUGCUAAAACAAUUAAAUAACUGUACAAACGGGAAAAAGUUUCCAAAUUUGACAUAUAUUUCCUUCCAAUACAACAGAAUCUGGUCAGUGAGCGAACAUGCAUUCAGGUUUGCACCCAAUUUACAAGAACUACAAUUAAACAUCAACAACAUUAUCUUUUUCCAAAGAGAGUCUUUCAGUGGCCUUAAAAGUCUGCAAUUAUUGCGGCUGGAUAAUAACCUGAUACCAGAUUUAUUUCCUGGCCUAUUUGAUAAUCUAACAGAGCUUCAAACACUCAAUCUUAGAAACAACAGACUAUCGGUUAUCUUUAAUAAUAUAUUUCAUAGCCUGGAAAAACUCAAAAUCUUGGAUCUAGGAGGCAACAAAAUAACACAGCUUGAAAUUGAUUGCUUUAACGGACUUAAAAGUCUAUCCAAACUAUAUCUGGAUGGAAAUAAAAUUCAGACCAUCAGUAGUGAAAUGUUUCAUAGUGUAGAGACCACUUUACAAGUGUUGGACCUUAUGUCUAAUCACCUUAGUUUUGAAAUAUCAAGGAAGCCCUUUUCACCAUUUACUUAUCUUUCCAAACUCUAUGACUUAAAACUCCAGAAUCAGCAACCAUAUGGCCUUACAACCAUACCUCAAGGUUUUUUUAAAGGUCUAAGUUCCCUGAAGUCACUUUAUUUGGCCCAAAAUAGGCUUACAUAUCUACAUGCCGAUGUAUUUGAUGAACUCGGGCAGCUGCAUUUCCUGGGUUUAGCUGAUGAUUGUAAUGGAGUACAACACCUCCCAAAUGGAAUUUUUAAGAAUCUAACUAAUCUACAUGUUUUGAGUUUGGAGAAUAUAUGUCUACAGACCUUAAAUCCUCAUGUAUUUUCAAAUCUUACAAGACUUAAAAAACUUCAGUUGACAAAAAAUGCUUUGAAGUAUAUAAACAUUGAUGUCUUGAAGAACAUGACUAACUUAAAAUAUCUUGACAUUCGCAAAUGCCCAAUUACCUGCACAUGUAAGAAUGAAUUUUUAAAACAAUGGCUUAACCAAUCUCAAGUGCAAGUUGUGUUUCCCUAUAACAUGUCAUGUCCUGGUAAUCCGACUUCAUUCUUCCAUGACUUUGAUACCAAUAUCUGUGACUUGGCACUCAGAGUUAAUCUUUUUUGUGGAUCCUUAUCCUUUGUUUUUCUCUUUAUAAUUGUUCCUAUUGUCUAUAGCAAAUUAUAUUGGUGCAUCAAAUACAAUUACUUUCUCUUUAUUGCCUGGCUGCACGAACGCUGGAAAUCAGACAAGGAGAUGUACAAAUAUGACGCAUUUGUUUCCUACAACACCCAUGAUGAAGAAUGGGUCUACAAAACAAUGCUUCCAACUUUAGAGUCCUGCAGUCCUUCUCCGGCCCUCCGACUUUGUCUUCAUCACAGAGAUUUUCAGUUGGGGAGGGACAUCAUAGACAAUAUCGUGGACAGUAUUCACAAUAGCCGUAAGACUGUCUGUGUGGUCAGUAGGAGCUACCUCCGCAGUGAGUGGUGCUCUCUAGAAAUGCAACUGGCUAGCUACAAGCUGUUCAGUGAGAUGAAGGAUGUUCUUGUCCUAAUAUUGUUGGAAGACAUUCCAGAUAGAGAACUUUCCACCUAUCACAGAAUGAGGAAAGUCAUGCUGAAGAAGACCUAUAUAAAUUGGCCUUCAGAACCAGAAGCACAGAAGCUCUUUUGGGCUAAGCUCAUAAAGGCAUUGAGAGGCAUAGAUUCCCCUGAAGUGAGUACACAUUUCAGCUGCAAUGCGGAGGAGGAACAUUUACUAAGUAUUAACUAAGCUGUUUCUCAUUUAAUGUGAAUAUCUUUAUGGAGAAGAAGCAUGUAUUGUGCUUUAUGCUUUACAAUGAAGUACAUCAUUUUUCUCUUGUAUCCCACAUUAUUGUGGCCCCUUGCAAUGUAGAGUCUCCUUUUUCACCUAUAAUUAUUAAGACUUGUACUGGUGUUCUUUCCCUGGUUUGAUUUGUUAUGGAUUUGUUUAUGAAUAAAUUACUC